UUAUAUAUUCCCCAAAUGCUCCUCCCAUUUUCUCAUUCCUUUCUUCUUGUCCUUCCUGAUUUAGAUAUACCCAUUUCCAUUGGCGUUUUCACCUUUCCAUUCCUUAAUUCUUUCUCCCAACACAUGACAGAUUCCACAUGGAGAGUCCCGAUUUCUCCCCGCCUCACGCCGACGCAUCCAGACCCUCCUUAGGGUUUCCCCUCGGCACUGCUCUUCUCCUUCUCGUUAUCUUCACCUUGAGCGGAAUCUUCUCUUGCUGCUAUCACUGGGAUAAACUCAGAUCCCUCCGCCGUUCCGCUUCCCAACCCCUACAUGAUGACGAUCUUCACCUCCGAUCAUCUCCCUCCAAAUCUAACCCUACUUCCCAGGAUUUGGAGAAGAAUCAGAGAGAGAGCUUGUCGGUGUUGAUGCCUGGGGAUUCUAUUCCGAAGUUUAUUGCGAUGCCGUGCCCCAGGGAGCCGCCGCGGGCGGAGAUGAUUGAGGUGAAAGUGGAGAAGCCGCCGAAGCCGCUGAGGAUUGCGGUUCCUUUCUAUUAGCAGAUUCAGAUUCACCAUUGAUUGAUCUGUGUACAUAGUAGAAGCAAAUGAAUUCUUUUCAGUUUCAUCUGUUAUGUUUCCUUGAGAAGGGGAAUUUCAAGGGCUUCGAAUUUCAUUGUGUAUAUUUCACAAAGCGUUCCUCACCAAGUUUCGUCUCUGCCUCUGGGCAGUUACAAACUUACGGCGGAAAAACAGAGCAUAAAUAUGAAUUAGAAGCAAUUUAAUUUUUUAUUAACGUUUUGAGCA